AUGCCCGCUACCGCGCUGCGAUUCCUUCUGAGUUCUGCGCCAAGAACCCCCCCCCCCCCCCCCAUGUACAUCACCCUCUACUACCUAGUCACCCGGCUCCCUGACUCCCUUCGCUCAGUCAAGGACCACUUCCUCUCAGUUUGCCCCACCACACUCACCGUUGACCUCCUUGAGGAGCGCCUCCUGGCAGCUGAGAAGAGUAUAGUUGCUGUAGGAGCCUCUUGUUGUGACCCUCGUUCCCCCUUCUUUGAGGGGCCCCCUCCCCCCUUUUGCCCUCUAUUGCCUUUGGUGCUGCCGUCGACUUCGUUGGCACCGAGUCGGUCGGCGCUGCAUCUGCCCCUAGCGGGAGACGCCGCACUGGCAAGGGCAAGGGGGGCAAGGGCGCUGGAGGGGCUGGCGGGGGCGGUGGAGGUGGCAGUGGAGGCGGCGAAGGGAGUGGGGGUGGCGGUGGGAGUGGUGGCGGGGGUGGGGGCUUCGGUGGCGGCGGUGGAGGAGGAGGCGGUGGCGGCGGUGGCGGUGGGAGCGGAGGAGGAGGCGGUGGCGGCGGCGGUGGAGGUGGCGGCGGCGGCGGUGGAGCGGGUCGGGGUGGCUCUGCACAGCGGGGCGGCUUCGGUGGUGGUCAGCGCCAGCAGCAGCAGCGCACUCGUGAGACCCCGCCCCCCCAGCAGCUUCGUGAGUGGUACGCUGCGCAUCAGCGGGGUGGGGGUGCUGGUCCUUGUGCCUACGUCCUGCGUACCGGCGACCGCAUUGCUGUUUAGGCCGGGGGUUGCUAUCUUUGAUCUGGAUUAUGAUGCUACUCUUGCUGCCAUGUUUGUUGUGUCUACUAGUGAUGAGGGUGACUGUUACCUGUGUGUUCCGCCUGACCCGGGCAUUGCGGUUGCUGCUCUAGGUGCUGGUGAGGCUGCUGCUCUAGGUGCUAGUGCGUCUGCUGCCCCAGGUGCUGGUGAAUCUGCUGUCCUAGGUGCUGGUGAGUUUGCUCUCUCAGGUACCACAACGGCUCAGGCCUAA